UUUUGUUCAAAACUGAGCUUUUGUUUUCUCUCUUCUCAUCUGUUAUUUUUCAUAGAAAGCUUUUCAAGUUGAAAAACCAUGGCUGCUGCACUGGUGGGCGGAGCUCUUCUCUCUGGGUUUCUUAAUGUUUUGUUUGAUAGGCUGGCUUCUAGAGAGGUCAGGGACUUCUUUGGAGCAAAGAAAGUCAACCGCAAACUGCUCAAAAAGUUAGAAACUAAGUUGCUGUCUGCUGCUGUUCUGCUAAAUGAUGCUGAGGAGAAACAACUCACAGAGCCAAAUGUGAAGAAGUGGCUUGAUGAGCUUAAGCAAGUACUUUAUGAUGCAGACCAUGUGAUGGACAAGAUCAAUUCUGAAGCUUUGAGACUCAAGUUGGAGAAAGGUCAAACCGGGUCAGGAAAAGCAAGUAAGUUGUUGAAGUUUGUCCCAACUGUUUUUAUUCUAUUUGAGAAUAAUGUAAAGCGUGAAUUAGAGGGGAUUCUUGGUGCAUUAAACUUUCUUUUAGAUCAAACAGUGUUACUUGGUUUGAAAGAAGUUGACCAAAAAAGACCACCACAUAGAUUAUAUUCCCCUUUGGUAGAAGAAUAUGGUGUUUUUGGAAGGAAGGAAGAGAAAGAGGCUAUUGUUGAGUUAUUAUUGUCUGAUGAUGUUGGUGGAAAUGGCUACAGAAUAUCUAUUAUUCCUAUAGUGGGAAUGGGUGGUGUUGGCAAAACCACCCUUGCUCAACUUGUUUACAAGGAAAGUAGUGUUCAAAGACAUUUUGACUUGAAAGCUUGGGUUACUGUCUCGGAAGAGUUUGAUAUUUUUAGAAUAACAAAGACAAUUUUGGAGUCUGUCACUCUCAAGAAAUGUGAGAUUGAGGACAUACAUCAGCUUCAAAUUGAGCUGAGUAAGGCUCUGACAGGGAAGAAGUUUCUCUUUGUUCAUGAUGAUGUUUGGAACGAGAAUUAUCAGCUGUGGGAUUUGUUGAAAAGCUCGUUUGAAUCUGGUGCGCAUGGAAGUAAGAUCAUUGUGACCACGCGUAGUAAAGUUGUGGCUUUGAAGAUGGGAAACAUUCCAAUGUAUGACCUUCAAACUAUGUCUGAUGAUGAUUGUUGGCAGUUGUUUUCAAAGCAUGUCUUUAACAAUACAGGCUCAGAUGUACAGAUGGAGUUGCUGGAUAUUGGCAAGCAAAUUGUUAGAAAGUGCAAGGGCCUUCCUUUGGCAGUGAAAUCAGUUUCAGGUCUUUUGCGUUCUGUUUCGAAUUUAGAGGAAUGGAGAACAAUCCUACAAAGUGAUGUGUGGGAGUUGCAAUUUCAAGAAAAUCAGAACAACAACAUUCUUCCAGCUCUAUGGUUAAGCUAUCACUUUCUACCUCGGCACCUAAAGCAAUGCUUUGCCUACUUCUCAAUAUUUCCUAAAGAUUAUACGUUUUAUAAAAGUGAAAGGGAAAAGAUAUUCUUGUUGUGGAUGGCAGAAGGUAUUCUGCAACCCCAAGAAGGAAAAAGAAUGGAAGAUGUUGGAGAAGAGUAUUUGAAUGCCUUAAUAUCAAGGUCUUUCUUUCAACGGUCUACUCGAGAUGAAUCAACUCUCUUCAUGCAUGACCUUACUCAUGAUUUAGCUAUACGUGUAUCUGGUGAGUUUUGCUUUAUAGAUCACACAUUUGAAGAUCUACAUAGCCUGACAAGCAAAACUCGCCAUUUAUCUUACAUGAAAGGUUUUGAUAACUUGAAGAAGCUAGAGGGUUCAUUCGAAGCCAAACGUUUGCGCACCUUGCUGUCAUUACCACUGUCACAUAAGAAUCUGUAUUCCAAGCCAAUGUUGACACAACAAGGGGUUCAUGAGCUACUUCUAACAACAAGAGGAUGCUUGAGAGUGCUCUCUCUGUCUCAAUCUUCUAUAGUAGAGUUGCCUGAUUCUAUUGGCAAUUUAAAGCAUCUAAGGUAUUUGGAUGUAUCCGAGACAAGAGUUGCAGAACUACCUUGUUCGGUUUGUUCGCUGUACAAUUUGCAGACAUUACUGUUGUCAAGUUGCAAAGCUCUCACACAUCUGCCAACCAAUAUUUCUAAGCUAAUCAACUUGCGUCAUCUCAUGAUUAGAGACACGCCUUUGAAAGAGAUGCCACCGCAGAUGUGCAACCUGACCAAUCUUCAAAGACUAAGCGACUUUGUUUUAUCCAAAGGUGAUGGCUCUAGGAUUAGUGAGUUAGGAGCAUUACAAUUUUUGUCUGGAAGCUUGUGUAUUUUUGGAUUGGAGAAUGUGAAUGAUGUGAGGGAUGCUGCAGAAGCCAACUUGGGGAAUAAGAAGCAUCUCAGCGAGCUUAUUUUGAUAUGGGAUGGUGAAACUAAUGAUUCCACAAAGGACAGGGAAGUACUUGAGGCACUCCAACCUCAUGUGAACUUGAAGAAACUCAAAAUCAGUGGUUAUCCAGGUACAAACUUGCCAAAUUGGGUAGCUCAUCCAUCUUAUAGUAGUUUGGCCACAAUCUCUCUGACUAGACUGACAAAUUGUUGCUUGUUACCAUCAUUCAGCCAGCUAGUUUCAUUGAGAGAGCUUCAAAUAUAUAGACUGGAUAGGUUUCUCACCAUAGAUGAUGAGUUUUCUUCUUGUACUUCUCCCUUGGCUAAUCCAUUUCAAUGCUUAGUAACCUUAGAGGUGUCUAGAAUGAGCAAGUGGGAGUGGUCAUUUGUUGAUGGUGGUGACAAUGAAGGCAGUGCUUUCCCAUGUCUUAAAAAGUUUAGUCUAAACAGUUGUCGAAAGCUGAGUGUUGGACUGCCUGCUUGUUAUCUCCCAUCAUUGGAAGAAAUCACAAUCAGAAAAUGUCAUGACAUGGUUGCUGUAUUUCCAACAAGUCCACACAUUGACACUGCAUAUCCCUCCCUCGAAAUCCUGCAACUCUCUUCUUGUUCAAGGCUAAAGUCAUUUUCAAGAAUGGGAUUGCCGUCGAGCUUAAAAUCAGUUGAUUUUCGCGACUGCAGUGCGCUCUUUGCGAAUCGCAUGUGUUGGAAUCUUCAAAGAGCCUCAUCCCUUGUUAACUUCACAGUCUAUGGAUCACCUUUUGGUGGAAAUGAUGAAGUGGACAUGGAUUCAUUCCCUGAAAAAGGCCUACUUCCAUCUACUUUGAGGUGUCUCAGCAUCUCAGGCUUUGAGAAUCUUAAAGCUCUGAACAGCAAAGGCUUUAAACACCUCACUUCCUUUCAAGCAUUGACUCUUCAAGAAUGCCCCCAACUACAAUGCUUACCAAAUAAGGGCCUGCCUCAAACUCUCACUUCUUUGGAAAUCUACAAGUGCCCUUCUCUAACUCCUAGAUGCCGAAGAAAAAUAGGACAAGAUUGGUCCAAGAUUCAACACAUCUCUUCGAUACGAAUUGAUCGAAAAGAAAUAUGAUGAGCCAAUCUCAUCAUUUCUGUCCUUUUUUUUUCUCAAAGACCUCUGAUCAAUGAUGCAAGAGUGAUGAAGAUGGAAAAUGAGAAUGCUAUAAUGGACUCUCGAAGCUUAAAAAGAGUAUUGUUGUAACAUAGAGGAAAUGUAACUUAGUCUAGUAAGUAAUCAGUGAGAUUUGUUUUUUGUUUCAUGUUUUAUUUUCUAGGUGUUUGGUUGGUGAGAAAGUGAGCUGUAACUGUCUCUCUCUCAGUCUUUAUUUGAGUGCUUUUGUUGCUCAAAUGUAAACCAAAGGAAUUUGACAAUAACAGAAAUAAAAAGCUUAAGGUCCAAUUGUUUGAUCUGAA